AACCUUAAACCUGCUACGCCGCGUUCUCUUCUUCGUCCUUGAUAGGGUUUAGUUCUCUAAAACGUAAGAUUUCUUCUAAAGGUAUCGAUGGCUAUUGAUGGGAGUUUCAACCUGAAACUUGCCUUGGAGACGUUUUCUGAACGUUGUCCCAAAGUCGCAGCUUUUCCAUUUUUCAGUUCGAUUCUCAGCAAGGGAGGAGAGGUUGUUGAAAACGAAGAGGUGAUUCAUGCUUUAGGGGAUGUGUUUCUUCACCCGGAGUAUACUAUUCCGUUGGUUCAUUGCUUCCUUCCUGUUAUAAGAAGUGUUGUAGAUAGAGUUGUGGGUCUUCUUCAGCUAGUGGAUGAUCUUAAGUCAAGUAUUGACUACUCAGACGAUGUGUCAUCAGUUUUGGAUAAUGCUAUGAAGGAAGGUAUUAGUGUGAUUGAUUUUUAUGUUCGGCGUGGACAAAAGUUGGAGCUUCAUGAGUGUGCUUGCUUGGCCUUCAGUCGUGCGCUUCAUUUGAAUACGUCUUUGUUAGGGUCUAUUCUAAAUUACUUUAAGGUGGCUCCACCACCGUACCAGCGAAUUCUUGUGAAAGAAAUAGUUUCUGAGUCGCUCAUGGAGGCUACAGAUGCGUACUUGCUUUGUCUUCGAGUAUCAUAUCGUUUUCUCGUUAUUAGACCUGAGGUUUUCUCUAAGUUGUGGGAUUGGUCUUGUUACUUGGACUCUAUGAAAAGGCUUUCAGAAUAUUCUAGACAAAAAAGGCAUUUCUUGGAAAAGCAUCGUGAUGCUGUGUGGUGUGGUAUUCAAAUUCUUUCUGUUGUUUUGAGAUGCAGUGACAGGUUAGCAGGAUGUUUUGGUUUUGAAGUUGAAGAAGCACUUUCGUGCUUGCUAAGAUGGGAGGAAUUUUGUCAGGAUAUAGAAAUAGAAAAGGCUGGAUCAUACAUUCAAUUGCCUACAUACACAGCGUUGAAGUCUUUGCAACAAUUUAAUACCCUUGUGCCUGGAAUUAACAAGCGACAAUCAGAAGAGUUAGAAACAAAUGAGCCACAUAUGAAGAUUCGGAGGCUGGACACAUGGAAUGUCAAAUCUCUCUCUGAACCAUUUGAAAUCCACUCUAGGGUGAGGAAAUCUUUUGAAAUGGUCUCAUUGGCUGUCAGUCAAAAGCGACCUGUUCUUCUAUAUGGUCCCUCGGGCUCUGGAAAAUCUGCCCUCAUUAGGAAGUUGGCUGAUGAAAGUGGUAACCAUGUUGUAUUUAUCCACAUGGAUGAUCAACUUGAUGGGAAAACGUUAGUUGGCACUUAUGUGUGUACUGAUCAACCUGGCGAAUUCAGAUGGCAGCCUGGCUCACUUACCCAGGCGAUUAUGAAUGGUUUCUGGGUGGUUCUUGAGGACAUAGACAAAGCUCCAUCAGAUGUUCCCCUCGUCUUGUCACCUUUGCUGGGAGGGCCUUGCUCAUUCGUGACCAGUCAAGGAGAGGAGAUACGGAUAGCGGAGACAUUCCAGCUGUUUUCAACUAUAUCGACACCCGAAUGCAGUGUGUCACACAUCAGGGACGCUGGAAAUUCGUUGAGUCCUCUAUGGAGGAGAAUUGUUGUAUAUCCACCAGAUCGUGAAAGCUUGCUAAGUAUCCUGAGUGCUCGGUAUCAAAACCUGGGUCCUGUUGCAGAGAAGCUUAUUGAAACAUUUGAAACCAUCAACUCUGCUCUUCGUCCCCAAUUUUCUGGUUCAACAACUGAAAACUCAGCUACUUUCAGUUCUCCAAGUAGAUUUUCACUGAGAGAUCUGCUCAAGUGGUGUGAACGGGUUCAUGGCCUGUCCUCCUAUGAUGGUCAUGCAAUUUAUCAGGAGGCAGCAGAUAUAUUCUCUGCGUCUAAUAUGUCAACUAAAAACCGAGUGACAGUAAGUAACAUUGUGGCUAGCAUUUGGAAUGUCGCCGUUCCAGAAUCUCAGCAUAAGCCCCCAAUUCAGGAAUUUUCUGGGAUUCUAAAAAUUGGUAGAGUUUCUCUUCCACUUGGUGAAACUGCGUCACAUGAUCGAUCUAGGUUUGUUGAAACAUGCACAUCUACACGAUUACUUGAGAAAAUAGCUCGCUCUGUCGAGUACAAUGAGCCAGUUCUCUUAGUAGGAGAAACAGGGACUGGGAAAACAACACUAGUUCAAAAUCUUGCACACUGGAUCGGACGGAAACUCACUGUUUUGAAUUUGAGCCAGCAAAGUGAUAUAGUUGAUCUAUUGGGAGGUUUUAAGCCUAUUGAUGCAAAGCUUAUGUGCACAAUGCUGUACAAUGAAUUCAAUGAAUUGGCAAAAAAUUGGAAGAUGAAGGGUGAUUCAGAGACUAUGAAAUGGCUGCAAAGACAUUUUAGAGCCAAGAAUUGGGAUAAUAUUUUGACUGGGUUAGUGCAAACUACAAAAAGCAUUGAAGGUAAAAUUAUUGAACGCAUUGAAGGUAAAAUUGGGGAAGCAACGUCUAGAUCUGGUAGAAAGAGGAAGAAUUCAGAAGAGCUCAAAAACUGGGCGCGUCUGUCGAAGAAAGUGGAGAAGAUACAACAACAGAUUCGUUCAGGUGGAAUGGUUUUUACCUUUGUUGAAGGUGCGUUUGUGACUGCCCUCAGGGAGGGGCAUUGGGUUUUACUAGAUGAAGUGAACUUAGCCCCACCGGAGAUAUUGGGCAGGCUGAUUGGUGUUCUUGAAGGAGUGAGAGGAUCACUUUGUUUAGCUGAGAGAGGGGAUGUAAUGAGCAUUCCCAGACAUUUGAAUUUCCGUCUGUUUGCUUGUAUGAAUCCAGCCACAGAUGCUGGUAAGCGAGACUUGCCAUUCUCCUUCCAAAGCAGAUUUACAGAGUAUGCUGUUGAUGAUGACUUAUGUGAUGAUGACCUGGAGAUAUUCGUGAGGCGAUUUUUAGGUGGACGUGGAUCUGACAGUAAGUUAGUAGGCAACAUUGUUUGCUUUUACAAAGAAGCUAAAAGGUUAUCUGAAGAAAGCUUGCAGGAUGGUGCUAAUCAGAAGCCACAGUAUAGCUUAAGGUCUCUUUACCGUGCGCUAGAAUAUGCGAUAAAAGCAGAAGCUAUUGGUGGAUUUCAGAAAGCAUUAUACGAUGGAUUUUCCAUGUUUUUCCUCUCCUUAUUGGAUGCUUCCAGUGCUAAGAUCAUGGAACCAAUAAUAAAACGUAUCUCCGGGGAAAAUAUCCGAAACCAACCACUUCAAAGAUACUUGGGAGAAUUAAAAGGCAGUUCUGAUAAAUUUGUUGGCAGUUAUGUUAAGACGAAGAGUGUAACUGAACAUCUUAAUCAUUUGGCGCAUGCCAUUUUUAUUAAAAGAUAUCCUGUUCUCUUACAAGGACCAACAUCCAGUGGAAAAACAAGCCUUGUCAAAUAUCUUGCAGCAAUAAGUGGAAACAAAUUUGUUCGAAUCAAUAAUCAUGAGCAGACUGAUAUCCAAGAAUAUUUAGGUUCCUAUAUGACUGAUUCUUCAGGGAAGCUUGUAUUUCACGAAGGAGCGUUGGUGAAGGCUGUCAGGGGUGGGCACUGGAUUGUCUUAGAUGAACUUAAUUUGGCUCCAUCUGAUGUCUUAGAGGCACUAAACAGACUGCUUGAUGACAAUAGGGAGCUUUUUGUGCCUGAGCUGUGUGAAACAAUCUCAGCGCAUCCUAAUUUUAUGCUCUUCGCUACACAGAACCCUCCUACUUUAUAUGGUGGACGCAAAAUACUGUCUCGAGCUUUUCGCAAUCGGUUUGUGGAGAUUCAUGUUGAUGAAAUUCCAGAAGAUGAACUGAGUGAAAUUCUUACCACGAAGUGUAGUAUUGCUAACAGUCAUGCUUCAAAAAUGGUUGAAGUGAUGAAAGACCUGCAACGCAAUAGGCAGAGUAGCAAAGCUUUUGCUGGAAAACAUGGUUAUAUAACUCCAAGAGAUUUAUUCCGGUGGGCAUAUCGUUUCAGGACUUAUGACGGUACAUCUAAGGAAGAACUAGCCAGAGAAGGGUAUUACAUCCUUGCAGAAAGGCUGCGUGAUGACACUGAGAAGGUAGUUGUUCAAGAAGUGCUGGAGAGACAUUUCCGUGUCAGUCUUGCCAAAGAUGAUUUGUACAAAAUGGAGCUUCCAAGGCUGGAUUCCAUACAAAACAGAAAAUUCACCUGGACUCAAAGUAUGAGGAGACUAUUUUUUCUCAUCGACCGUUCUUAUAAACUACGUGAGCCUGUUCUUCUUGUUGGUGACACUGGAGGAGGCAAAACCACAAUCUGCCAAAUACUAAGCGAAGUUAAGAAGAAAAGAUUGCACAUCCUUAACUGUCAUCAAUACACCGAAACAUCUGAUUUCCUUGGUGGAUUCUUUCCUGUGAGAGACAGAUCAAAAUUAGUCACGGAAUACGAGAAUCAAGUCAAACAGUUGGAGCUCUGCCAGGCAUUGGCGCCUUUUGGCCAAGAUAUUGUUAUUUGUGCAGAUAUCAGUAGAGCUGAAGAGUUGAUCAAAUCAAUAGAGGUAGCUCUGGAGAAGUACAAAAAUGAUUCAGUUAUAGGACCGGCCAUCACACCACAGGAUGUUGAUGUUCUUGAUAAAAUAAGGAACAAUAUGGUGAUGCUGUAUCAAAAGUGGCGUGCAAUUUUUGUUUGGCAAGAUGGGCCCCUUGUGGAAGCGAUGAGAGCUGGAAAUAUCGUUCUUGUGGAUGAGAUAUCUUUGGCUGAUGACAGUGUAUUAGAAAGAAUGAAUAGUGUGUUGGAGACAGACAGGAAAUUGUCCUUAGCUGAGAAAGGUGGCCCCGUCUUGGAGGAAGUUGUAGCUCAUGAAGACUUUUUUGUUCUAGCCACCAUGAACCCGGGUGGUGAUUAUGGAAAGAAGGAAUUGUCACCUGCGCUUCGUAAUCGUUUUACUGAAAUAUGGGUCCCUCCUAUUACAGAUACUGAGGAGCUCAGAAGUAUUGCCUUUUCUGGCCUUUCCAGUUCGAAGGAAUCUAAUAUUGUAGAUCCCAUUAUCAACUUCUGGGAGUGGUUCAACAGGUUGCAGACUGGGAGAACGCUUACUGUCAGAGAUCUCCUCUCCUGGGUUGCGUUUGUCAACAUGAUAAAUGAGAGUUUAGGACCAGCAUAUGCUAUUCUUCAUGGAUCAUUUCUCGUGUUACUUGACGGUCUAAGUCUUGGAACUGGUUUCUCUGGGAGGGAUGGUCAAGAUCUGAGAGAAAAAUGCUUCGCUUUCCUAUUACAACAACUUAAGCUUUUUGCUAGCGAUACACUCCCGUUGGAGCUUUCAAGAAUGGAGCUAUAUAGCUGGGGUGAUAACAAAACAAUUUGUGAAGAAAGUAAGAGUGUUCGACAUGAGGGCAUAUUUGGCAUCGAUCCUUUUUUUAUAAGCAAAGGUGAUGAAAAUCCUGAGAUUGGUGGAUUCGAGUUUUUAGCACCAACCACCCACAGGAAUGUCUUGAGAGUAUUGCGUGCAAUGCAGCUUUCAAAACCAAUUUUAUUAGAAGGUAGCCCUGGUGUUGGAAAAACAAGUCUGAUAUUGGCGUUGGGAAAAUAUUCUGGCCACAAGGUCGUGCGCAUAAAUCUAUCGGAGCAGACUGACAUGAUGGAUUUGCUGGGAUCAGAUUUACCUGUCGAAAGCGAUGAGGACAUGAAGUUUGCGUGGUCUGAUGGAAUUCUCUUGCAGGCUCUAAAAGAAGGCUCGUGGGUUUUGUUAGAUGAACUGAACCUUGCCCCACAAUCUGUUCUAGAGGGUUUGAAUGCAAUUUUGGAUCAUCGUGCUCAAGUCUUCAUACCAGAACUGGGCUGUACCUUUGAAUGCCCACCAACAUUUAGAGUUUUUGCAUGUCAGAAUCCUUCUGCUCAAGGUGGUGGCAGGAAAGGUCUUCCCAAGUCUUUCCUUAACCGAUUCACGAAAGUUUAUGUGGACGAGUUAGUGGAAGAUGAUUACCUCUUCAUCUGUCGCUCGCUUUACCCAUCUGUUCCUAGUUCAUUGCUUUCAAAGCUUAUUGCUCUCAACAGACAGUUGCAUGAUGGUACUAUGUUAUAUCGAAAGUUUGGUCAAGAUGGCUCACCAUGGGAAUUCAAUUUACGGGAUGUGAUCAGAUCAUGCCAGUUUAUGCAAGAGGCAAUACAUGACUUAGAAGUUGAAAGCUUUUUAAAUGUUCUGUACGUUCAAAGAAUGCGUACUGCAACUGACCGUAAAGAAGUUCUGAGUAUCUAUAAGGCUAUUUUUGAUAAAAACCCGUCUAUAAAUCCGUAUCCUCGGGUUCAGCUAAAUCCUGGGUACUUAGUUGUUGGAACUGCUGCCAUUAAACGAAAUUUGACUCAGUCUCAUAUUGUGAGUGAGCAGUUGAAGAUUUUGCCUGAAAUCCGUCAAAAUCUGGAAGCUGUUGCACAUUGUGUGCAGAAUAAAUGGUUGUGCAUCCUAGUCGGACCAUCGUCAUCUGGAAAGACUUCGGUGAUCAGAAUAUUGGCUCAGUUAACAGGAUAUCCUCUUAAUGAAUUAAAUCUUUCGUCUGCAACUGACAGCUCUGAUCUACUCGGAUGCUUUGAGCAGUACAAUGCCUUCCGUAAUUUCAGAUUGGUGAUUACUCGAGUUGAGCACCUUGUCGUUGAGUAUAACACUCUGCUAUCACAGUCUUCCCAGGAGGCCCUUUUGAGCAAUAGGAGUGGCUUAGUUUCCAGUUGGCUUUCCGAUUUUAAUAAGAUUGAAUCUUCUCUCUUGGAGAACCCUUUAUUCUUCUUGAAAGACUCUGUAACACUCUCUAAAUUAGAAAAGGUUGUAAAAAUUCUGAAACAGGUCUUGGAAGAAGGUGUUUUACACGUUAGUUGGUCAAAAAAGUAUCUGGAACAAAUCCUGAAGACUAUAUUGCAGCUGCAAACUCAUGGGAAAAAGCAGUCUACAAAGUUUGAAUGGGUGACAGGGAUGCUGAUAAAGGCAAUAGAAGAGGGAGAGUGGGUUGUCCUCAAAAAUGCUAAUCUCUGUAAUCCCACGGUACUUGAUAGAAUUAACUCGUUGGUGGAACCUUGUGGAUCAAUCACUAUUAAUGAAUGCGGGAUUGUUAAUGGUGAACCUGUCACUGUUGUUCCGCACCCAAACUUUCGUUUGUUCCUGUCUGUAAAUCCAAAAUUUGGGGAAGUAUCAAGGGCAAUGAGGAAUAGAGGCGUUGAGGUAUUUAUGAUGGGGCCACAUUGGCAGCUCAAUGAGGAAGGCUCAAACUGUGAAGAGCUUGUGCUGAGAGGUGUGGAAAGGUUUCUUGCUCUGUCAGGUAUUCCAGGUUAUAAGCUGGUUACUUCCAUGGCCAAAGCACAUGUUCAUGCAUGGCUAAAUGGUCAAAGCUUUGGUGUACGGAUCACGUAUCUUGAGCUUGAACAGUGGAUUCACCUCUUCCAACUGCUGCUCAUGAAUGGUAAUCAACUUCUGUGGAGCUUACAGCUAAGUUGGGAGCACAUCUAUCUCUCUUCGCUUGGGGUAAGUGAUGGAAAAGAAGUUGUUGAUUUUGUGCGUGAUACAUAUUUGUCAGAUGUUGAACUUUCUGGGCUUGAUUCAUUUAUGGGUGGGGGUCUGUGCCUGCCUGGAGGAUGGCCGAAGCCUUUCAACUUGAGAGACUUGACAUGGUACUCAAGAGAAACAACAGUAAGACAGAAUUGCAUGUAUCUGGAGUUCCUAGGAGCUCAGUAUGCAUCACAUCUGUCUAAAAUAAGCUACAAUGUCAAAUUGAGAGAUAGGGAGUCUGCUAGGGAACCAAGAAUUAUUUACACGAUUGAUUCUUGGAUGUUGAAAAAAGUCUUGUUUCCUAAAGCCUUAAUUGGGUCAAGCUGUGCACCAAAUGCAGCAAAUUUUGAGAAUGAUUUGGCUACAAAAAUGCUAUUGUUUGCUGCCAACUGGACAAUAGAACAGGCAACGGAAGAGGAUAUUCAACUCUAUCUUGCGUGGUUUAGUUGGUUUGGUUCUAGACUGCAACAAUACUGUCCGUUUUUGCUGUGUUUUCUCAAUAUGUUGAAGGAUGAGUUUGAGCAUCCAAUUUGGAAUCAUAUAUCUAGAUGUCGGAAAAAUCUGAAAUCCCUCUGCAGAUUGGAUCCAGAUGCUGUUCCAAUUCCUAUAUUGUCCUCCAAAUUGAUUGAUGUAGCUGCAUCAAAUGACCAGUCAAAACCUUACAGUAAAUCCCUCUUUGAGGCUCUCAACUCUAUUGGUGUUCUUCGGCUUUCGUAUCGGCAGUGGCUUGAAGAGAGCAACGACAACCACACCGAUGUAUCCUCUUUUACUCGGUUUUUGGAUUCGCUUCGCGCAUUGGAGAAAAAAAUUCUUUGCGAAAUUGUUGGAGCACCAUCUUUUAGUGUGUUGAUUCAGUUGUACACCGGAGUUAUUGAAAAACAUUCAUUGUUUUGGUCUGGUUUGGUCUCUUCCUCAGAUGAGUAUCUAUUGUUUUCCUUUUGGUCACUGAUAAAAGCUAUCAAAAAGAUGCACGGUUUUUUUCCCGGAGAAGUUCAGGUGGUUCUGGAGGAAAGCAAAAAUAUUAACAAUAUAGUUUUGCAUGGUCAUCCUGAAAAGUCUAUGCUAUGGGCUUAUGGAGGCCAUCCUUCCUUGCCGGUAUCUGCAGAGCUGUUCCAUAAGCAGCAGGAGUUUCUACAGCUCUGCAGCACAGUUUGGCCAUUGAAAUCAGAAUCAGAUGAACAAGGAAAUGAUCAUCUUACCAAAGCCAUUACAUUUUCUGGCCCUGAAUUAUGUUUGCUUGCCUUGGAAGGUCUUUGCAUUUCAUCAUACAUUGCUGACGAAGAUGAUGUAGAUUAUGUAGCUGCUGUUCAGCUCGAUGAGAUCUACCAGACGUUUUUGGAGAGGCUGAAACUAGAGAAGAAGAGACUGGAGGAUAAAAUGGGUUUCAGUGAGAAUGAUAAUACUGAAAAUAAAACUGCUUCCUGCUGCGUUUUCUGUCCAGAGAUUGUGACUACAGGGUCUGGAUUUAGCAGUUGGGUGAAGAUAUGUUUUAUUGCUAGCAGUGAAAGUUGUUCUCUAGAUGUAGAGUUACUUGCUGCCCUUCAGCACCUCUUGGUGGCACGACCUACCGAACAUCAGGAUCUUGUGGACAUUCGAAAACUGCUCAAACCGGCUCUAGAAUAUUCUUUAUCCUCAACAAGGCCUCCACAGACUCUUGUAGCUCAUCAAAAACUCCUGUGGGCAAUUGAUGCACAUGCCUCUGAACUAGGAGUGGACACCAAAAUUGCUGGUUUUGUUCUCGAGAUGUGGUACUGGUGGCAUUCUGUUUUGUGGAAAAAUAGUCAAAUUGGUCUCAUGGGCCUACAGAAUAUCUCAGACACUGGAAAUUGUCAGAUUCUGUCACCUUCUAUGCUGAUUCAGCCUGUGAAAACAGCUACCGUUUCUCAGAUUCUGCAAAAUGUAUUUUCUGUUAAGGAUUAUCCUGUUCAAUCAAUGAAACUUCUUUCUGCUUCACGAUAUCUAUGGAAAAGCUCACAACCUUAUCAAGAAAUGCCUGGUUCUCUAAUGUCAAUAGCACGUUCCCUUUUCCAACAGAUGAUAUAUACGCACCAAAAGUCAUUUGAGUCAGAAACGUUUGUGGCAAUUAAGUCUGCAUUUCAUGCAAUUGAGAAAAAACAGAACAAGAUGGAUGGCAUACAGUAUCUUAUCUCACUAAUUGGCUCAUCAAACCAUCAUAAAUUGAAAUCCGUUACUCACUCAUUUGUUGGACCAUUAGCAAAACAUCUCUAUUCUGAGUGCUCAUCAAAUGAAUUCUACCCCAAUCUUGGCUUGGCGUGGCUUUAUCUUGGAGGACUACGCUUCCAUCUUUUGAAUAGCUUAGAUGUUAUAGAUCCAGCCAUGAAGACCACUUGCAAGCUGUUAGAGCUAGAAGAGAAAAUCUCAUCACUUGAGCUAAACAUCAAGGUCCGGGGAGAAUGUGGGUAUCUGUCUGGAUUGCUUUACUCUGGAAACAGUGACGAAAGAAGUGAACAUACAUUAGAUAAGCUUAAAACUGAGCAUAAAAGAUUGCAAAGAAAGGUUAUUUUUAGAUCUGAUCCAAAAAAGUACCAGGAUUUACGAAGGGCGCUGGAUGAAUUUGCUGGAUUUCUCACACGUCCCAUAAGUCUGGUCAACGAUAUUGAAGUGCUUGAUUGGAAUCAGGUUGUUGAGCAGGUUUUCAACUGGCAGGAGACAGCAAUAUCUUUUAUUGAUCGGAUGUCAAGUGACUAUUCUGAAUAUGUCGAUAUAACUCAGCCAAUUCAAGUUUCAGUGUACGAGAUGAAAUUGGGUUUAUCACUCUUUGUAUCUGGUGCUCUCUUGGGAAAACUUCUCAACAGAUUUGACAUAGACAUGGUUGACUCAGUCAUGGAAACAAUUUAUGCCUUAAUGAGAUUUCCAAGGGACUCGUCGAUAGCUUCAACUACCUACAUCGAAUGUUUGCCACCUCUGCACCUUUCUCAUGCUGCAGAUUCUCGUGCUAAGUCCUUAGGUUUGGAUGUUGGCUUGCUGCACAAACUUAUCUCUGUUUCAAGUUCAGAAGAUUCGAGAAAAGCCUCUGAGUUGCAGCUCAAAAUUGCUCUUUAUAAAAAUCUGCAUGCUCGUGUUUUACAAUUUGUCGCAAAUACUGGGCUACUGGAUGAAGCUUCUUUUGAGUUAUUGGACAAAAUAUAUGUUGAAUUGGCGAGAAUUUGGAUGGAGAUGAAGUUUCAAGCAAAAACAAAGGCUGACAAUCUUCCUGGGCUGUACAAAUUUCGUUCCCGGGACUUCAAAAUUGAGAGUGUCAUGGAAGUAGAUAUAUCUGCCCUUGGCAAGUAUUUCCCAAACGAAAGUUUCUCUGAGUGGCAAGAGUAUCUGGCUGAUGAUGAUAUGAAGGAUAUGACACAUAUUGACCAGGAUGAGGAAAAUUUGGAGGAUGAUUGGGACUUGAUACAGGAGCAUUUGGAUAGUAUAUAUAGCACACAUAAUGAGUUAUUUGGUUUCUGUGACCUCUCUGAAAAGUCUGGAAGAUUCUGUAUUACUGACUGUAGAAGACUGGAUUCGUUUACUGAUUCCUAUGAACUUGGAGUCAGUAUGAUCAAAGGGCUAAGGGGUUUAUUUACAUCGAGCUUGGAUGCAAAACUUGUUCCAGAACACCUGCUUCGUCUUUGCUUGGAAAACAAAAAAGCCUUCACCUCAAACAAUCAGUCUGCCAGUAAAUAUAACUUUUACAAGGAUUUGGAUGGUCCUGAGCUGGGGAAAAUGGUCAAGUUUCUCACUGCACUUCAACGAAGAAUUAAUUCUCUAUUGCAAGAACGUGAGGACCAUCCUGGUCUUCAGAAACUUUCUAGUGUUCUUCAGAUGCUCUUGGAUAUUCCCUCCAGUACUCCUCUAGCAAAGGCUCUUUCAGGAUUGCAAUUUCUGCUCUGCAAGGUUCACAAGUUACAGGAAGAGGGAUGUAAAUUGCCCAUCUCUGAUCUCUUGGAGCCGAUUAUUUCCCUAGCAAGCUCUUGGCAGAAGGUGGAAUUUGAGCGCUGGCCUACUUUGCUUGAUGAGGUUCAGGAUCAGUAUGAACUAAACGCUAGGAAGUUGUGGCUUCCUUUGUUUUCAGUUCUGUUUCAGAAGGAUGGUGUUGAAAUUUCAGAAGAUGAAAACGAGUCCAUUUCACAAAGUUUGGUGGAGUUCAUUGAAUCGUCAAAUGUUGGUGAAUUUAGGAGACGUCUUCAGCUUCUCUUUUGUUUCCUUCUUCAAUUAAUUAUGGGUAGCUCGUUGGGGAUAUAUUCAAGUGAUUCACACAAGAGGAAGGUGGAAAUUUGCUACAAUAUUUUCGGAUUCUAUAUACAAUUCCUACCGAUUGUAAUGGAGCAGUUAGAUUUGAAUAGAAAAAAUGUUGAAACUGAGUUAAAGGAGGUUCUAAAACUUUGUCGGUGGGAGAGGCCAGAUAAUUAUUUGUACAAUGAGACCACUAAAAGAACCAGGCAGAAGGUCAAGAAACUGAUACACAAGUUUACGGACAUGCUGCGGCUCCCUGUAAUGCUUGUUAGGCCAGACCUAACGAAGGAACGAACUCAAUUUCUCCCUCUACUAGAUCCAGAUCUUAUGAAUGGAGCAUCCGACAUGAGGAUCGAGGGCCUAGUUAGUGCUUUAGAUGCAGAGCAAUUGAAUGACAGGUCUUCAUGGUAUGCAGUAUGGUGGAAUAAAUUAAAGGAAUCGGUAGGACGCUUUCACCAAGAAAUGCACUUCAAAACAUUGCUGAUGGGUGAAGAGCAUCAGUAUUCGUCCCCUGUCUAUCAGGGUGAUUGGAAAAAUUUGUGGAGUACAGUUGCUAGGAUUGGUGAAACCAUAGCUGGCUGUUCAGAUCUAUGGAGAAACAGUGAUAGAGAUGUUGCAAAGAAGAGGGCCCUGUUUGAACUUCUCAAGUUAUUAGAAAGUAGUGGUUUGCAGAAACACAAGUUUGAAAAUGUAGAGAUGUCAAACCACUUUAAAGGGUUGCUUUAUCAGCCAGCAUACGAUCCAAAGCAUCUGUUGCUGCUAACACAUACCGAAAGUAGCAUGCAUCCUUCCAAGGCUGUAGAAGAUCAAAACAAGGAAAAUUCACUAGUUGAGUGGAGAGUGGCAAAUGAGUUUUACUUUAAGAGCUUGGCUUCAGUGCAGCUCAUGUUAAAUAUUGACCGAAAACACUCAGAUGUAACAGCUGAGCAGGUUAAGCGGGCAAUCUCAUUUCUCAACCAUCUUGUGGAAAUACAACGGCAGCAAAGGAAAUCUGCUUAUGCCUUUACCGAACUUUUAAACCGCUUUCGCCAAUGUGUUUUAUCUCUAGCGAGAUUACUGGGUGACUCAAUUGGUGUGGACAAAAAGGAUGAUUCUGUGUUCAGUUUCCCCCAAAAUCAACAUGCUAUCUUCAAUUGCUUGUGGCUACAGAAGAAACUCUUUGAUAACAUCACUGCAAUGCUUCUUGAGGAGUCGACCUUACUGAGAACAGUUGGAAGUACACACUUGGAUUCCUGUCAAGCUGUGAAAACCUCAUCACGGAGUUUGCUCAGCUUUAUUGAAAAACUAAUUCCCAUCGCUCAAAAUUCCAAGGCUUCGCUGGAUAGGCUUCUACUUGAUUGCAACGGUUUUAUCAUCACACCAAGUAGCUGUCUUAAGCAGUUUGUCACUCAGCAUAUGGUUCAGAUGCUACGCCAGAACUUUGAUCAACUUACGGACCUUGAGAAUCAAAUUUCAAGUUUUUGUGAAGACAAUGAGAAAAGCUAUGCUAGAGACGUUCUUCUCAGUCAAUUUUCCCCUGUGUUUAAAGAGGGGAAAUUGCUGGCUGAAAAUCUGAACUGUUUACUUAACGUAAGAGACCAGUCAACUGGAAUGGAACCCAAGGAACGACUUUUUCUUGAAGAAAAUCUUGCAAGUAUAUUUUCAAAUGUUAAGGAUGUGAUUGGAAAGCUUUGUUCUUAUAAAGAUGGAAGUGUUUCUCAAGAAGAGGAAAUGAAUAUUACUACAUGGGAUGGUCUGUUUAAGAAGGCAGAAAAUGACUUGAACCUUGAUAACCUGUGUAAACUGCUGUCCGAAUCAUUUGGUUCCAUCGAACAACUGUUGAACUCUUCAGGCGUCCUUUCAGCUGGUGUUGGAGACCAGUUGAAGCAACUUCAAGCAUUUUUGGAUCUUUUAUUGAGCUUUGGAGACUGUUACCUCAAAGAGUUUUUGGCGAUAAGCAAAACGGUGUCACUGAUAACCCAUGUCCUUGCAAGUGUUCUUGCCGAUCUAUUUACAAAAGGAUUUGGCAUCUCCAAAAAUGAUGAAGAUGAUGGCUCUAAAGCUGAAAAAUCGGAAACUGCAGAAGGUACUGGUAUGGGAGAUGGUGUGGGGGCAAAAGAUGUAAGUGACCAAAUAGAAGAUGAAGAUCAACUGCAUGGCACAGAUAAGAAGGAAGAGGAAGAGAAAGAGCAAGAUGAUGUGCUGGGUAAAAACAAAGGCAUUGAGAUGAGUGACGAAUUUGAUGGCAAAGAAUACAGCGUUAGUGAGGAUGAAGAAGAAGACAAGGAAGAUGAAGAAAGUGAGGAUGAGCAGUUGGAUUCGGCAAUAGGAGAUGCGGGAUCUGAUGCCGAAAAAGCUGAUGAAAAGCCAUGGAACAAGGAUGAAGAAGAUGGGGAAGAAAAUAUGAAUGAGAAGAAUGAAUCUGGACCAUCUAUAGUCGACAAGGACACAAGAUCAAGGGAGCUAAGAGCUAAGGAUGAUGGUGUUGACACUGCCGAUGAGCCUGAGGAGUCCAAUACUUCUGACAAACCGGAAGAAGGAAACGAUGAGAAUGUAGAUCAGGAUGAUUUUGGUGAUACAGAAAAUCUAGAAGAAAAAAUCCAGACCAAGGAAGAAGCACUUGCUGGACUAACUCCUGAUGUCGAUAAUGAACAAAUUGAUGAUGACAUGGAGAUUGACAAAACAGAGGAGGUCGAAAAGGAAGAUGCAGAUCAGCAGGAAGAACCUUGUCCAGAAGAUCAAAAGCAUCCUGAAGAAGGUGAAAAUGAUCAAGAUGAAACUCAAGAGCCUGCUGAGGAAAAUAUGGAGGCUGAGGCUGAAGAUAGGUGUGGAUCACCCCAAAAAGAAGAACCUGGAAAUGAUCAUGAACAGAAACCAGAAACGGAACCAAUAGAAGGAAAAGAAGUUAUGUCAGAAGACAUGAUGAAACCGAACUUCCGUAAUGAUAAUAUUUCUGGCGUAGAGUCUGGUUCACAAAAUCCCCAUGGAUCUAAUGUGUUGGGUGCAGGAAGUACAGCACCACAAGAAAAUUUGUCUGCUACUGAUGUUACGGAUGUACUCACGGAUUCAAUGGAUCUGCCUUCGAGUAAUAAUACUGAGAUGAACCUCAUGAUGACCAACCUGGCCAAUGGUGAGACAUUGACAGACAACAUACCAAAGAUGGAAUUACCACAAAACCAGUCAUCUACUGCUCAACAAACCAAGGUGAAUCCUUAUAGGAACGUUGGUGAUGCAUUGAAGGAGUGGAAAGAAAGAGUUAGAAUCUCCUCAGACCUUGGAGAAAAGCAAGAGGCUGAAAAUGAGAUGGAAGACCCUGAUGCUAGUGAAUAUGGAUAUGCUUCUCAGUUUGAUGCAGGAACUUCCCAAGCUCUAGGACCUGCGUUGCCUGAGCAAGUGAACACAGAUAUGAGAGAAGGGCAAUCUGAAGAAGAAAAACUCGCAGGUAAUCAGGACGAUGUCUCUCCAAUGGAUAUUGAUGACUUGAACCCCGAAAACAAACCUGCUGUCCAAUCCAAACCAUCGAUCAGUAAUAGCAUCGCUGAACAGGUCCAAGAACCAGAUACAGACAGGACCCACCAAGAGAAUUCUCCUAUUCAUAAUUUUGGUGAUGGUAACAGCAGGAUGGACUCUAUGGUCUCUGUCGACAAUACUUUCUUGGGGGAAGAUGUAUGUAAUCUGGACCGGAUGCAAGUGACUGAUAAUGACUCGGAAAGCAAUCAGGAUAAUCAGGAAGAUCCAGAUGCCAAAAGUAAUGCUGUUGUUCUUUGGAGGAGAUGUGAAUUGCUUACUGCAAAACCCUCUCAGGAGCUGGCUGAGCAACUACGGCUUAUCUUAGAACCCACGCUUGCUAGCAAGCUCAGUGGUGACUACAGAACAGGUAAAAGGAUCAACAUGAAGAAGGUUAUUCCGUACAUAGCAAGUCACUAUCGGAAAGAUAAAAUUUGGUUGAGGAGGACAAAACCAAACAAGCGUGAUUAUCAAGUAGUUAUUGCUGUGGAUGAUUCCCGUAGCAUGUCAGAAAGUGGAUGUGGUGAUUUUGCAAUUAGAGCUUUGGCAACUGUAUGUCGAGCUAUGUCACAGCUUGAGAUGGGAAGUUUGGCUGUAGCAAGUUUCGGGAAGCAAGGGAAAAUAAAGAUGUUACAUGAUUUUGGUCAGUCUUUCACCACAGAAUCCGGCAUUAAGAUGAUCUCAAACUUGACAUUUAAACAAGAAAAUCUCAUUGAAGAUCAACCAGUCGUCAAUCUACUGAGAAACAUGAAUGAAAUGCUAGAGAAUUUGGCCAGCACAAGAAGACAGUCUUACGGGAGCAACCCGCUUCAACAACUUGUACUAAUCAUCGGCGAUGGAAAGUUCCAUGAGCGAGAGAAAUUGAAACGAUCUGUCAGAAGCUUUCUCCAGCAGAAACGUAUGGUGGUAUAUCUUCUUCUCGAUGACUCAGAGCAAUCUGUUCUGGAUUUAGCGGACUAUGUAUAUGAUGGUGAAAGAAGACCCUAUAAGAAAAUGAAUUACUUGGAUUCCUUCCCCUUCCCAUACUACAUUGUGCUAAGAGACAUCGAAGCCUUACCCAGAACACUUGGUGAUGUGUUGAGACAGUGGUUCGAGCUGAUGCAAAACUCGCGGGACUGAACACUUGUUGGAAGAGAAAGGGUCGAGGCCUAUUAGACGUAUAGCUUAGCUUAGUUUGUGAACUAGACUUGUAUACAUUAUAUGCAAUAACUUUAGUUAAUCACAUCAGACCACAAAUGCUGUUAUUGCUACAACAAUAUAUAUAUGAAGAAAGACCCUUUUCUCCUCUC